AUGGGCUCCUCUGUGCCUCCCUUUGUCCCUAGGAGCCUGGUGAAUGGAACCUUUUUGGAAAUCAAGGACCGGAUGUUUUCCCACCUGCCCUCUCUGCAGCUGCUAUUGUUGAAUUCUAACUCCUUCACAGUCAUCCGGGAUGAUGCUUUCGCUGGGCUUUUCCACCUCGAAUACCUGUUCAUCGAAGGGAACAAAAUCGAAACCAUUUCAAGAAAUGCCUUCCGUGGCCUGCGCGACCUGACGCACCUUUCUUUGGCCAAUAACCACAUCAAAGCCCUCCCCAGGGAUGUCUUCAGCGAUCUAGACUCUCUGAUUGAACUGGAUUUAAGGGGCAAUAAAUUUGAGUGUGACUGCAAAGCCAAGUGGCUGUACCUGUGGCUGAAGAUGACAAAUUCUACUGUCUCGGAUGUCCUGUGCCUGGGCCCUCCGGAAUACCAGGAGAAGAAUCUCAACGAUGUGACCAGCUUUGACUACGAGUGCACCACCACAGGUCAGUCCAUCGUGGGCUGCAAGGCCAUCCUCAUCGAGGACCAGGUGUUUGUGGUGGUCGCCCAGCUCUUCGGCGGCUCCCACAUUUACAAGUAUGACGACAGCUGGACCAAGUUCGUCAAGUUCCAAGACAUAGAAGUGUCCCGCAUCUCCAAGCCCAACGACAUCGAGCUGUUUCAGAUCGACGCUGAGACGUUCUUCGUCAUCGCUGACAGCUCCAAGGCCGGCCUGUCGACCGUGUACAAGUGGAACACCAAAGGCUUCUACUCCUACCAGUCGCUGCACGAGUGGUUCCGGGACACGGAUGCAGAGUUUGUGGACAUCGAUGGAAAGUCCCACCUCAUCCUGUCCAGCCGUUCCCAGGUCCCCAUCAUCCUGCAGUGGAACAAGAGCUCGAAGAAGUUUGUCCCCCACGGCGACAUCCCGAACAUGGAGGACGUGCUGGCCGUGAAGAGCUUCAAGAUGCACAACAGCCUCUACCUGUCCCUCACGCGCUUCAUCGGGGACUCGAGGGUCAUGCGGUGGAACGGAAAGCAGUUUGUGGAGAUCCAGGCACUGCCCUCCCGGGGGGCCAUGACCCUACAGCCCUUUUCCUUCAAAGAGAACCACUACCUGGCCCUGGGCAGUGACUAUACCUUCUCCCAGAUCUACCAGUGGGACCAGGAGAAGCAGCUCUUCGUCAAGUUCAAGGAGAUCUAUGUGCAGGCACCGCGCUCCUUCACGGCCGUCUCCACCGACAGGAGGGAUUUCUUCUUCGCCUCCAGUUUCAAAGGGAAAACGAAGAUUUUCGAACACAUCGUCGUUGACCUGAGCUUGUGAAGGUGGGUGCGGGGAGACGAGGCCAGCCCGGCUCAGACCAAGCUCUCUGGAAGAGAGCGAGGGACGAUGGGUGGGGACCAGAAGGAGCAGGGGGUAGGGCAUGGAGUUAGCAGUUUCCCAAACGCUUAGAACUCGGAUCUUAAUCAGGGACUGCAUUCACUGGCUAGAUGCAUGCUAUGUCCAUUCCACCAUCUUAAACCAACAUCUUACGACCCUGUAAUUAGUGAGAAAAAAAAGAGUCUCGCAUUAAUGCUUACCAUCUAGGGAGGUCAUGUGCUUUAUUCCCCUCUCCUCCUCUACCCCCUUCUCCUCCUCUCUGUUCUCCCCUCCCCUCCCUCCCCUCCUUUCCCUCUCUCUGUCUUCAAUGAGGAGGGAGAACAUUGGAGCAGAUAGGGCAACUCUUUGAAUGAAAUAAAAGAUGUGGCAAAAGCCCACUAGCCAACAAACGAA